AUGGUCGACACUAGUGAUUCUUCCUACGCUCCCUUGCCGGGGGAGGAGCCAUUAUUUUCCGGUCAUUCCCCAACAAGUCUACGGCGACCCUGGAAGGGAUUCGCCGUGAUCCUCGCCUCCGUCGUGUUUCUCUUGUCAUUGGUUGCAUUAAUCAUCCACCAAGGCCCGUCAAAUGUAGUGCCGGAAAAACAAGAUGAACAUCAACAUCGUCCACAUUCAACUACUCCAGCUUCGGAAACUACGUCGUCGUGGGAGCCGAGAGGGAAGGCACUAGGAGUCUCGGCCAAGUCGAACCCGCCGGUCUCCGACGAGCUAUCGUAUAACUGGACCAAUGCUAUGUUUUCUUGGCAGAGAACAGCUUUUCACUUUCAACCAGAAGAGAAUUGGAUGAAUGAUCCUAAUGGUCCAUUGUUUCACAAGGGUUGGUAUCACCUGUUCUACCAGUACAAUCCGGACUCCGCCGUAUGGGGCAACAUCACGUGGGGCCACGCCGUCUCGACGGACCUGAUCCACUGGCUGUACCUCCCCCUCGCAAUGGUCGCCGAUCAGUGGUACGACGCAAACGGCGUGUGGAGCGGCUCCGCCACGCUACUCCCCGACGGUAACAUUGUAAUGUUGUACACUGGUGACACGGUCGAUGCGGUCCAAGUGCAAUGCCUAGCGUAUCCGGGCAACUUAUCUGAUCCCUUACUCUUGGAUUGGGUCAAGUACUCGGGUAACCCGGUGUUGACUCCCCCGCCCGGGAUUUUAUCCACGGAUUUCCGUGACCCCACCACCGCGUGGAUCGGACCCGACGGCAAGUGGCGCAUUACCAUUGGCUCCAAGAUCAAUACAACUGGAGUUUCGUUUGUGUACAUCACAGAGGAUUUCAUAAACUACAAUAUGUCGCAGGGUCUCCUUCAUGAGGUUCCGGGUACGGGUAUGUGGGAGUGCAUUGACUUUUACCCGGUUGCCAUAAACGGGUCGAAGGGUUUGGAUACGUCUGUGAAUGACCCGAGUGUGAAGCAUGUUCUAAAGGCUAGCUUGGACGACACGAAAGUGGAUCACUAUGCGCUUGGGACUUAUUUCAUAGAGAAUGAAACAUGGGUACCCGAUAACCCGGCUCUUGAUGUGGGUAUUGGGUUGAAGUAUGACUAUGGAAGAUACUAUGCAUCAAAGACAUUUUAUGAUCAGAACAAGGAGAGAAGGAUCCUUUGGGGUUGGAUCAAUGAGACCGAUACCGAGUCCGAUGACUUGGCUAAAGGUUGGGCAUCAGUUCAGACUAUUCCGAGGAGUGUGUUGUUUGACAACAAAACCGGCACCAAUUUGAUCCAAUGGCCAGUGGAAGAGAUUGAGGAGUUGAGACUGAACAGCACAGACUUCAGUGAUGUUUUGGUUGAAGCAGGAGCAGUUGUUGAACUAGAUAUUGGAACAGCUACACAGUUGGACAUCUUUGUGGAGUUUGAGAUAGAGUCGUUGGGAUCAGAGACUUUGAAUAGCAGUGUUGGUUGUGGUGGGGGUGCUACAGAUAGAACCAGUUUCGGACCAUUUGGUAUUCUGGUCAUUGCAGAUGAGAUUCUUUCAGAGCUGACCCCUAUCUAUUUCAACAUUGCCAAUUCAACUGAAGGGGAUGUCACAACUUAUUUCUGCGCAGACGAAAGAAGGUCAUCUAAGGCUCCUGAUGUCUUCAAACAAGUUUAUGGAAGUGAAGUGCCUGUGUUGGAGGGCGAAAAACACUUCGCGAGAGUAUUGGUUGAUCAUUCGAUUGUAGAGAGUUUUGCGCAAGGAGGUAGGACAGUGAUUACAUCUAGAAUUUAUCCAACAGAAGCAAUCUAUGGAGCGGCGAAACUAUUUUUGUUUAACAAUGCAACAGGAUUGAAUGUCAAGGCCACACUGAAGAUUUGGCAGCUGAACUCAGCUUUCAUUCACCCUUUCCCAUUAGACCAGGUCCAAUGAGAGUACAAUUUUUUGUAGUGAAGCCAGUUGAACUGAAUAUCUGUGGUAACUUUCCCUCCUUCAUUAGGAGUUGCAUUCAUCCGAGAUUUGUCUACCAAGUACCAAGCAAUGACAAAUUUUCUGGCAAACAAAUGUAAAAUGUGGUCUGUAAUAUUCUUUGGGUGCCCAUUCUGUUUGUAACCAGGGUACGUAUGCCCUUCAGCAAUAUCUGUUGAUUUGGACCUUAUUGGUUCAAAUGAAUAAUCAUCUUCAAUGAAAUAUAGAUUUUGCCUAUUGAGAUCC